UAUUUAUCAAUCUACUCUUGAAAUUCAAUUGUGUUCGCUUACAUAGUUGCAAUUUUUGCGGUUAUUGCUUUGAAUAAUCUCUGUUAAGUUAUUUUGGGUGUUAAUGGUUUAUUUAUUUACUGAACAGCUGAACUCACAACAUGUGAAGUUAAAUACGUGCAAAACAAAUUUUCACCUUGCUUUUUUUUAACUAAAUAAUUUCCCCAAAUUAGCUUCCCACAAUAAUUAAAUUAGCAGAACUUUGAAUUUUACCCUUUUCAGUUUCUAGUGGUGGGGAGGAAGUUAAAAUUUGUAGAUUGUCCCAUUUGGUUUAAUAUUCAAGGGUGACUUUCAGGCUUAUAAGUUAAGCACUUCACUAUGAAUUUUGACUAGAUUAGGACUUAGGAGCAUAUGUGAUGGGUUUCAAAAUAUAUACCGCAAGUGCACGGUGUUUGUUUAGCAGAAAUUGGCAAAUACAGGUCAAUCCAUAGGGAGAGGAGUUCUUUAGAUUUAUGCUCAAUUAUUUAAGGGUUAGGACUUAGGAGCGUAUGCCGUAGCUAAGGUUUUGGAUUUGGAUGUGAAUUGGUUUUGCUGAGAAAGCUAUCUUUGGCCUAUAAUGGUUUUGCUGAUGUUUGGAAUAUACUUUUGUUUAGAUUGCUACUAUAGGUGAAAUUGAUAGGUAUGGAGAUCAAAUCACAAGAUAUCAAAGCGUUUAUGAGUGAGCGACCGCUAGGUAGGGAAGACACGUUUGGGAAAACAUUCCUUGGUCGCAUUCCUUCAAACAAUUCUUAUGGACUCGACGAGAUGGAUGUGGCGAUCAGAGUGUCGCACCCUAGAAAAGAAGACCAAGAAGAGAAUUUUCAGAUGCAGUUUAAAAAUGAAAUGAAGUUGGGCACUCUUCGACAUAGGAAUAUCAUUGGUCUGGUUGGAUUUUCUGAGACGAAGGAGAACUUUUACCUUGUAUAUGAAAUGGUUCUAGCCAGGCCAUUAUCAGAAGUUGUUGAAGGAUUGACAUGGGAGCAAGCAUUGAAGGUUCUAAAAGGAACUGUUUCCGGGUUGGCUUUUCUUCAUAGCCAUCCCGAAGGACCAUUUGUGCAUUCCAACAUCUGUACAAACAACAUUCUUGUCAGUAAGGACUUCAUGCCUAAAAUUGUUGAUUUUAGGUAUUGUGUAGUAGAGGGGCAAAGAACCACCUAUGAUAAUCCUAGAUAUUAUCCUUCAAAGCAAGAAGGGGUCGCUACUGUCAAGGCGGAUAUAUUUGCAUUUGGACUUCUUGCCCUACAGCUGAUUACCAAGGACGGCAGGACAGCUUAUGCGGUUGAGGAAGGUCUAGACAUUUCUCUUCACCAUAUUCUUGAUUUAUAUGUCCCCAUGUUUAGAGAAAAGGGGAAUCUUGUGCAUGUGUCAUAUGGACAGGAGAAGGAAUCAAGAAAAUUAACAGAAAUGAUCUUCAAUUGUUUGAAGAAAGAUUCCGAGCUUGAUUUGAAGAGUUUUCACAGAGAUUUGGUUUUAUUAAGCUUAGCUAAACAAUGUUAAUCAUCUUUAACCGUUAGUCAGCUGUCUGUAUAUGUGAAAUUGCCAUUAGGGAUGAGCAGUGGUGUGCAGAAAAUAUUGCAGAUGUAGCAAUAAAAUUUACUCGACAUGCAAAUAUUGCUGUUUUUGUGGCUCA